UAUGUUACUGAUCGGGCUUGUUCCUUUUCUGCCCGGAAUUCUUCUUGCCACCGUGGCCCUCGCCAAUCUAUUUCUUUCUUCUUUUAGCAUGGCACCGCUAGUGGCCUCUCCUUCAACUCCGCGACUGCUUCGUGUGUGGGCAAUCCCGACGCGGCCGUCGAAAACAAACACCCUUGGGCCAUACACGCGGCGUAUUCGAAGAGCCACUGCUCAGGCUACAUAAACCCACCGUCUUUCUCCUCUACGAACCCGCUAUUCACGCUUUCCGAAGCCCGCAGCUCUCCCAUGUCGCGUCAGACACAACCAGACCAACAAAACAUGUCUAAACCUUCCGAACGUCCCACUGUGGACAGUCUGUAUGGUAUGGAAUCUGAUGGAAAACGACGCAAGGCCGUGAAGGAUGCCCUCCGAUUUAUGGAGCACUUCUUCCCAUCGAUCGCACGUCCCGCAGAGAUAUCACCCAUCCAGCAGUCUGUCGCGCCGAAAAUGGAUGCCUUCAUCACCCACAUCGAGGGCCGUGUCCGCCUACCAACUUUCGUAUUGUAUUCGGGGCUAUACCUGCUAUAUCGUCUGCUGAAAACCGCUCCAAGUACGAGACACAAGGAUCCCUACGGUCUGUUCCUCACUGCGUUCAUGGUCGCCGCCAAGAUCCAAUGCGACGACAACUACAACAUGAAGGCGUGGACAACAGUCGGCCGCGAUCUGUUCAGCAUCCAGCAGCUCUGCCAGAUGGAGCGCGAUCUCUGCUCCACCCUCGGCUGGGACCUCACAAUACCGCAGUUCGCCCGGGAGGAGUUCGAGGCUCGUGUGCAAGCGCACUUUCACGGUCGUGGCCCGUUCGCACCAUUCGAGUUCUCUCCGUCCAUCGGGGCCAAGUCGCCCUCUGAAAAGCCCAAGAUACCUGUGAUACCACACAACCUCAUCCCACCGCGAUUCCCCGGCUCGCGUCACCACCCCAGCCGGUCGUUCUCCGACCCCUUCUGCUCUGCGCACUCGAAUGAAGAGCGGCCCGGCUUCGGGCUUCUAGCGAUCCCUGCGCAUCUCGCGGAAGUGUAUCCCUCCCGGUCCCACUCGUCCGCUGCGAUCAGGAAGGUGGCAACCCCGAGCCCCGGGGUCGAGUCGCACACGCCUUCUCAUGUGGUCCCUCGGCCUCCCCACAUGCGCUCGCAGUCGGCAGCUGCGAUAUUCAACACGGUGGUCAAGCCAGGCGGACGACCACUGCCGCCGAUUCCAGAGCCGUCGCUGCCGCAAAAGGAGCUGCCAGACAUUCCGCGCCCAUCGCCAUUGAACCGACCGCUCCCUCCGACGCCGUCAGACCGGGCGCCGAAUCGCGCAGCGAAGCCGCUCCCACUGCCUCCGAAGGACCGUGUUGUCUUCAUGAGGCCCAUGGCUAGCGUGUGGUGAAAGCAUAGUCGGCUCGAGCACCGACACGUCAACAAGUACACCAUCGAUAAUUUGCUGGACAAUCUCGGCUCAAGUUCGUUCUCGAUAAUCUCGUUGGAUGCAUCGUUCUGUACAUCACUGCUACAAUGGUUUGCUCAUUACUUCGUUAUUAACACCAGCCCGCACCGUUAUUUCCACUGACCUUCCU